AUGAACAGCUGAUUUUGCAUCUGACGAUCAUUGCACGUGUUUAAUAGAGAUUUCUCAAAAUAUGGAAGUUUGUAUAAGAGCUGUAAGAUUCAAAAGUGGACUUAUAAAGAAUGUUAUUGAUUAUAAUAUUCGAAGGUUAUCCAAUGUAGAAUUAACCUCGCUCAGAUAUCCUAAUAUUAAAAGAAAAACAUAUUCGAAAAUAUCUACAUCUCAUUUAGAAAACUUUGGAAAAUUUCUAGGAGAUGAAGGAAUGAUUACGAGCGGUAGCGAUCUCGAAAGUUAUAAUACAGAUUGGAUGAAAACUUGUCGAGGACAGAGCACGUUGUUACUUCGACCGAAAUCUACAGAAGAAGUUUCUAAAAUCUUGUCUUAUUGCCAUAAAGAAAAUUUAGCGGUAUGUCCUCAGGGUGGUAAUACUGGUUUAGUUGGAGGUAGUGUACCAGUAUUUGAUGAAAUCAUUCUGUCUACUGUUAGAAUGAAAAAAAUUUGGAAAUUUGAUGAAUUGUCUGGUAUAAUGAUUUGUGAUGCGGGUUGUGUGCUUGAAACUCUUGAGAGUUUUGCUAAUGAAAUAGGAUUUACGGUGCCAUUAGAUUUGGGUGCUAAAGGAAGUUGUCACAUUGGUGGAAAUAUAGCAACUAAUGCAGGUGGCUUACGUCUUAUCAGAUACGGAUCUCUGACAGGUAAUGUGCUUGGUUUGGAAGUGGUUCUUGCCGACGGAAGAAUUUUAGACUGCCUCUCUACUAAUAGAAAAGACAAUACAGGUUAUAAUUUGAGACAAAUAUUUAUUGGUUCUGAAGGUACUCUAGGGAUUAUUACCAAAGCUGCAAUUUUGUGUGUAGUUAAACCUAGUAAUGUAGCCAUCUCAUUUCUUGGUUGUUCAUCAUUUAAUGAUAUAUUAAAGUUAUUUAAGUUAAGCAAGAGUAUGCUAUGUGAGGUGGUUUCAUCAUUUGAAAUGAUGGAUCAUCAUGCCUUGGAUGCAGUGGAAAAACAUCUUAAAUUAAGACUUCCAAUAUCCCAUCAUCCAUUUUAUGCUUUAGUUGAGGUCUCUGGUUCUAAUGAAGAGCACAACAAAGAAAAACUCUCGGCAUGGUUAGAAUGUGGUAUGGAGAAAAACUUGAUCAAAGAUGGAACCAUGGUAACCGAACCUGGCCGUAUUCAAAAUGUAUGGGGAAUUCGAGAGAGGAUAACCGAAGCAUUACUUCAUGAAGGAUACACUUAUAAAUAUGACAUCUCUUUACCUUUAAAUAAUUAUUAUGAGAUAGUAGAUAUAAUGAGAGAAAGACUUGGUAGUAGUAUUCUAAGAUGCUGUGGAUAUGGACACAUUGGUGAUGGAAAUGUACAUUUAAAUAUGACCUCUACCAAUUAUAGUUCUGAUAUUUUGAAUCAAAUUGAGCCUUUUGUAUAUGAAUGGACUGCUAAACACAAAGGUAGCAUUAGUGCUGAGCAUGGCUUAGGAUUUAAAAAAAGAAAUUAUAUCAAAUAUAGUAAAUCCCAAAAUGCUAUUAAUUUAAUGAAGAAUAUGAAAAAUCUUUUAGAUCCUAAAGGUAUUUUGAAUCCAUAUAAAGUACUUCCAGAUGAGUAAUCAUAAUUUAUGAGUUGUU